AUGGACUCGCGUUCAACUAAAACUCCAUACAAUAGUAUCUAUGAACCGAUUAAAGUGAGUUGAUCAGAUCCAAACUGAUAGAACUAGUGUGUUUCUCAGAAAAAUGCGCCCAAAAUCGAUGAACUCUGUUGUUGUGUUCAUGGAGUUCAAUGUGCAAUGGGUAAAGCGAAUCCGGUUGCUUUGGCUGCUGCAGCAGCUGCAACUGGAAAACAAGAAGAUGAUCAAUAUGUCAAUUUGAUGGCACCACCAACUGCUGAAUCAAAAAUGGUAUCCCAAUUGACGACAAAGUUGCAUAAGUUGGCGGCUGAUGAGAGAGCGUCGAGAAAAUGUGAAGCUGUGAGCCUUGACUCGCUUCAACAUUUGCCACCGCCUCCUGCAUCUUCGGUAAAGGGUCAAUAUCGGAAACCGUUCAAAAAUCCAACCGAUACCGAUCAAUCUUAUAUCAUGCUUGGAACUGAAGAUCAAACAACGAAGUCAUCACUUCCACCAACUGAUUCGACAUAUUCAAAGGUCACCAAACCCGAUGAUUCGAAUUUCAAAUCAUAUGCAGCAGCAGUUUAUUUGGGUGCAAUGACACGUUCACAAGCCGAGCAACAAGUUGCCAACAUCACUGAAUUUGCGCUUUAUCAUCAUUUUUCGAAGACUGCAAAACUGGAUACUCUUUGUGAUGCUUUGCCAUUGAUAUUGGUUUAUAGAACAUCAUCGAAUCAAUUCAAGCAUUAUCCAAUUCGCACGACUUCGAGUGGCGGUGAAGUUCAAUAUUUUGUCGAUUAUGGAAGAGCGAAUGUUCGCAAACAUUGGUCAUUGAAUCAACUCGUCAAAUAUUAUCAGACCCAUGUUUCAUUCGAUGCCAAUAAUCAAGGAAUUGCUGAUGUAUUCAGCGACUGGCAUGAUUGA